AUUAAUGCAAACCCACAAAUGCAGGCUGGACCACAAGGAGGAAAUGGUGCACAGCGCCCCAGACCACCGCCACGUGGACGAAACCGCAGACAAACAGUUCACAGCUUUCAAAAACGCCAGGCGGAUGGAGAUCAGACUUGUAGGCAAGUUGCAAAUCAAAACUGGAUGCAGGAUACGUGCUAUGUUAGGUGUGAGAAUGCAAACCGGGAUCUAGAUAACUGUCCUUCACGGUCCGAGACAACAACGACAGUAACCCCGAGACCAACUGCGGCAGUAACCAGUCAGCAGACGACAGACAUCAGCAAAGAAACAAGCAUCACAACUUCUUCUCCGACAGUAGUGUACGCCCUGACAACACAGGAAAUACGAACACUACAAGAAAGCGACCUGACAGUGAUUUUAAACGAAAAUAAUAAAACGAUUACUUUACGCCACAGCGGAGUUCCAGAUCAUGAAUUUGAAGGGGGUUGGGGCCAAAAUCCUAAUACACCAGAAGAACAGUAUUACAGUUUUAACAUACCAAUGUUGGCAACGGUUGCAGAAGAAAAAGGAUGUGUUAGACUCGGUUCUAUCGGUAUGUCACUUAGCGGUGCUCCUUUCUUCAAUCCGUACACAAAUACUGGAUAUAACGCUGUCCAGGGAGACUGCAGAGAGACCUUUGAUGAUUGCUCGGGACAUCCGGCGGGUAACGGGGCUUAUCAUUACCACAAAUUGCCAGCAUGUCUAUACAAAGGUACAAAUCUUAGAGACAAACUGCUCGGUGUCGCACUCGAUGGUUAUCCUAUCUACGGCCCGAUGGAUAUGUCAGGGAAAAACUGGACUUCUAGAGAGCUGGACAAAUGUCACGGACACGUAGAUCCAUAUGACAACAGGUACAAGUAUAGAAUAACAAUGGACUUUCCUUACAUUCUCGGUUGCUACCAUGGAGAAGUAAUUCCCCGAGGCCCGGGUAGGGGUCGACGCGAUAUCGACAAUGACCUUAAGGUGUACCGUUACAAACGUCAACUACCUUCUGCCCAACAAUGUAACCUGGAAGAGCAAAUACACUGGAACAGGGAAACAUGCUACGCAUUUUGCGAGACGCCAUCGAAAAGCUUGGACAAUUGUGAGCCGGCGUCGGAAGUCAGAUCUGAUACGACGACAGAGAGGGAUGUCAACACGCUGAAGACCACUACAGAGUCUGAUAUCAGUGGCUCCUCUGUUCACAUUGGCUCCUUCAGUGCAAUACUUACUACAAUAUUUAUUUGUCGAUCUAUAUAUCGUAGAAUAUCAUGAAAUCUGUAAAAUCAAGGAGCCUUUAAUAAUCAACAGAACUUUAUUUUCAGCAAAGAAAUAUCGACAUAAUUACACUGCCUGUAAACAUAUUUUGUUAAACAGAUGUCGCAUAUUGUAAUUAAAGAUCCAUAAGGCUUUACAUUUCAUGUUAACCCUUACCAUGCUAAAUUUCUAUAAUGGACUGGUCCAUCUUCCAAUAUGGGCAGUACCAUUUAUCAU